AUCUGGAUGCAGUCGAUUAAUUCUAAAUAGAUGGCUCGACGACCACCUCCGAUACCCAAAACGCAUGAGCGUACACCUGGACCGGUGGGCAAAGACACAAAGGCCAAUAAUGAUAAGUUUUUGCAGGAUGUGUAUAUAACCACGAAUAAAUAUCGACAGAUGCAUGGUUGUCCAGAGUUAAAGGUCAACGAUGCUAUCAGCAGACACGCCCAGGAAUGGGCUAAUUAUUUGCGGGAUAAGAACAUAAUGCAGCAUCGACCGAAACCCAAAUAUGGUGAGAAUAUAUUUCUAUCUGGCGGCAUGGAUGUAACUGGAGAUCUGCCAGUGGAUAUGUGGUAUCGGGAGAUCAAUGCCUUUAAUUUCGAUAAACCGGACUUUACGCCGACCUCGGGACACUUUACGCAACUCAUUUGGAAAUCCUGCACGGAAAUGGGCGCCGGUGUAGCACGCAGGGCGGACCGUACUUGGGUUGUUUGUAAUUAUAAUCCCCCUGGCAAUGUUGUUGGACUAUUUAGGGAAAAUGUGCCAAGAAAAUUAUGAAAUUAAUAUGUUGUAACCAUCCAACAAAGCUGUAAUACAGGUCCAGAAACUAUAU